AUGGCUCGCAGCGACAUGGACGAGUCGCAACCUCUCACUACAUCAGGCGAAGCGAGAGCAUCACACGAAGAAAUGGGCCGACCUUCAGCCUCCUCCGCGUCGACCACGUCCUUCGUGCUGGAGCACGCAUCGGACACAGCAGCCACGAGGGCCAAGGAGGCAUUGUACUCGGACGGGCCGCACGAGGGCACAGAAGAGAUGGAUGUGGAAGAGCACAUGGCCUGGCAGCGACCAGUCAAGCCAGCAGACCGCGCCUUUCGACGCGUCUUGUACAUCCUGAUCGCAGUUGGUUUGGUCGGCUGGGUAGCGGCCCUGUUCUUGUUUCUGGGCCAGGACAGACACAUACCACACUCAUCUCGCCCGCACGACCCGCAUGCUACCAGCACCACCGGCAAUGGCAAGAAGAUCACAUUAGAGCAAGUGUUGCAUGGCGAAUGGUCUCCGACAAGACACUCUUUGAAUUGGGUAGCUGGGCCCGAUGGAGAGGAUGGCUUACUGCUGGAACGAGGAAGCAUUGGCCGCGACUACUUGGUGGUGGAAGACGUGCGAUACCGAGGCCAGGAUCUUUCAGUGCAACGGCAGCACAGCACGACGUUGAUGAAGACUGGCUUCUUCGUGGUCAACGGCAUGUCAGUCUCUGUUGACGAGGCAUGGCCAAGUCCUGAUCACAAGCAUGUGCUCGUCCAGAGCAGCUAUCAGAGCAAUUGGAGACAUAGCAACACUGGUUUGUACUGGAUCUUCGAUGUUGCCACACAGACUGGUCAGCCACUGGAUCCAGUGAAGCCUGAUGAGCGCGUACAGCUUGCAACUUGGAGCCCAGACAGCAAAACAGUAGUCUUCACUCGAAACAAUAACAUGUUCAUCAGGCACCUUGACCGGACCGCAGCCGAUCCGAUCACGUCUGAUGGUGGCAAAGACUUGUUCUACGGCAUUCCUGACUGGGUGUACGAAGAAGAAGUGCUCGCAGAGGGAGCUGCUACUUGGUGGAGUGGAGAUGGCAAAUUCGUGGCCUUCUUCCGGACAGACGAGAGCAGCGUCCCGACCUUUCCUGUCCAAUACUUCUUCCGCAGUCCUACCGGAAAGAAGAAGAAGGCAGGAGAAGAGAAUUAUCCUGAUGUUCGACACAUCAAGUACCCGAAAGCUGGCGCCCCAAUGUCUGUCGUCAGCCUGAUGUUUUACGAUGUUGGAAGAGCAGAGGUAUUCACAGUGCCUGUUAGCAACGACUUUGCAGAUAACGACCGCCUCAUCACUGAAGUUGUUUGGGCGGGUGAGACUGGCAAAGUCCUCAUCAGGUCUACCAAUCGAGAAAGUGAUGUCCUCAAAAUGAUUUUGGUGGAUGCUGUUGAGCGCACCGGCAAGACCGUACGCGAGAGAGACGUACAAAAGCUUGACGGCGGCUGGGCAGAGAUCUCUCACACCACUACGUUCGUUCCUGCCGAUUCCAGCAACGGCCGCUUGCACGACGGCUAUAUCGAUACCAUUGUUCACGAGAACUUCGACCAUCUGGCAUAUUUCACACCUCUGGACAACCCAGAACCCAAGAUGCUAACUUCUGGAGACUGGGAAGUGGUUCAGGGUCCUUCUGCUGUUGACACCAUCCAAAACGUCGUCUACUUCAUCGGCACCAAGCAUGGAAGUACCCAGAGGCACCUCUAUACCUGCACAUUAAAGGAUGGACCGAACAGUGUCAAGCACGUCACUAACGUCGAUGAGAUCGGCUACUACUCCGCUUCCUUCUCUACCUUAACCCAAUUCAUGUUGCUGUCAUAUCAAGGUCCCGGUAUUCCAUGGCAGAAGGUACAGGCCACUCCAACCAAUAAAGGAGGACUUCAGGAGUUCACCAUUGAAGACAACAAAGCUCUCGGCGAGCUGGCCAAGAGGACUGAGCUGCCGGUUGAGAUUUACUCGACUAUCAACGUGGACGGAUUUGAUCUCAACAUCGUGGAACGACGUCCACCACACUUCAACGAGAAGAAAAAGUAUCCAGUCCUAUUUCAACUGUACAACGGUCCUGGCUUUCAGAAUGUGGAUCGCAAGUUCUCUGUCGACUUUCAAUCAUAUGUUGCGAGCAACUUGGGUUACAUCGUCGUCACCCUCGAUGGCUUAGGAACUGGCUACAAAGGGCGUAAGCAGAGGACGAUUGUCCGCGACAACAUUGGCUACUGGGAAGCAUAUUCUCAGAUUGAGGCCGCGAAGAUCUGGAAGGCAAAGAAGUACGUCGAUGAGGAGCGUAUGGCCAUCUGGGGCUGGAGCUAUGGCGGCUUCAUGGCUCUGAAGACAAUCGAGACCGAUGCUGGCAACACCUUCAAGUAUGGCAUGGCUGUCGCACCUGUCACAGACUGGCGCUACUACGACUCGAUCUACACCGAGCGCUACAUGCAUACGCCACAGAACAACCCAGAAGGCUACGAGAACGCCACCAUCACGAACAUCACAGGGCUGGCGGCUAACGUGCGAUUUCUGGUGAUGCACGGUGUCAGUGACGACAAUGUCCACUUCCAGAACACGCUUUCGCUACUGGACAGGCUCGACAUGGCCAAUGUGCGGAACUACGAUGUGCACGUCUUUCCAGACAGCGACCACAGCAUUUAUUUUCACAACGCGAACUCUAUUGUGUAUGGAAAGCUAAGGGACUGGCUGGUCAAUGCCUUCAAUGGAGAAUGGUUGAGAGUAGUGGACCCGAGUCCGCUGCGUGCAUACGAGGGAUUGCCUUGA